AACUCUAUCUCAGAUCUUCCGCCGCCAAGGAGAAAGCCUGUAACCAGCAGAGCUCAGGACCAGUUAGACUCAAGAGAAGGCUACUCACCGACAUUUCCGGACAGGUUAUUAACUGACUGAUCUAUCACUGUCUCAGCCCCAUCGCUCUCCGAGGUAGAGCUGGGCCCUGUUCCUCUAAAGGGGUUCGCGGAAGUGAAGAUGGAGGCUGGAGGGGACCGCUUUCCUAAACAAAGGCAAGUCCUGAUUCUCUUUCUCUUGCUGGGAGUGGCUCUGGCAGUCUGGGAACCCCGUCGUUAUUCCGUGCUGGAGGAAACAGAGAGCGGCUCUUUUGUAGCCCAGCUGGCUACGGACCUCGGGCUGGGAGUGGGGGAACUAGCUGCGCGGGGAGCCCGGGUGGUCUCUGAGGAUAACGAACAACGCUUACAACUUGACCUGCAAACCGGGGAGUUGCUGUUAAAUGAGAAACUGGACCGAGAGGAGCUGUGCGGCCCCACAGAGCCCUGUGUAAUUCAUUUCCAAGUAUUACUGAAAAAACCAUUAGAAGUAUUUCGAGCUGAGCUUCUGGUGAGAGACAUAAAUGAUCAUUCUCCUGAGUUUCCUGAAAGAGAAAUGACCCUGAAAAUCCUAGAGAAUAGCCCAAAUGGGACUGUGUUUCCUUUGAAAAGAGCCCAGGACUUGGACGUGGGCAACAACGACGUCCAAAACUACAGUAUCAGUCCCAACUCUCAUUUCCAUGUUUCCACCCCCAAGCGGGGGGAUGGCAGGAAAUACCCUGAGCUGGUACUGGACAAAGAGCUGGAUCAUGAGGAGCAGACCGAGUUGAGAGUAAUAAUCACAGCUCUGGAUGGUGGCUCUCCGCCCAGGUCUGGCACCGCACAGAUCCGCAUCGUGGUCGUGGACGUCAAUGACAACGCUCCGGAGUUCUCGCAAAAGCUCUACGACGUGCAGAUCCCAGAGAACAGCCCCGUAGGCUCCCUAGUUGUCAAGGUUUCCGCUAGGGAUUUAGACACCGGGACUAAUGGAGAAAUAUCAUACUCACUUUUUUAUAGUUCUCAGGAGAUUAGCAAAACUUUUGAGCUAAGUAAUCUUUCAGGAGAAGUUCGACUAAUUAAAAAAUUAGAUUUUGAGGCAAUAUCCUCAUAUGAACUGGAUAUAGAGGCAUCUGAUGGCGGAGGACAUUCUGGAAAAUGUUCUGUCUCUGUUAAGGUGGUGGAUGUUAACGAUAACUCCCCAGAACUAACCAUUUCGUCACUUACCAGCCCUAUUCCCGAAAACUCCCCCGAGACAGAAGUGGCACUGUUUAGGGUUCGAGAUCGAGACUCAGGGGAUAAUGGAAGGAUGAUUUGCUCCAUCCAGGAUGAUCUCCCCUUUCUUCUGAAGCCAACUGCAGAGAAUUUCUACACCCUGAUUACAGAAGGGGCACUGGACAGAGAGAGCAGAGCCGAGUAUAACAUCACCAUCACGGUCAGCGAUUUCGGGUCCCCCAGGCUGAAAACCGAGCACAGAAUAACAGUGCUGGUCUCCGACGUCAAUGAUAACGCACCUACUUUCACACAAACCUCCUACACCCUGUUCAUCCGAGAAAACAACAGCCCCGCCCUGCACAUGGGCAGCGUCAGCGCCACAGACAGAGACUCAGGCACCAACGCCCAACUCACCUACUCGCUGCUGCCGCCCCAGGACCCGCAUUUCCUUCUCACCUCCUUGAUCUCCAUCAACGCGGACAACGGGCACCUGUUCGCUCUCAGGUCGCUGGAUUACGAGGCCCUGCGAGCCUUCGAGUUCCGCGUGGGCGCGGCAGACGCAGGCUCCCCGGCGCUGAGCAGCGAGGCGCUGGUGCGCGUGGUGGUCGUGGACGACAACGACAACUCGCCCUUCGUGCUGUACCCGCUGCAGAACGGCUCUGCUCCCUGCACUGAGCUGGUGCCCAGGGCAGCCGAGGCGGGCUACCUGGUGACCAAGGUGGUGGCGGUGGACGGCGACUCGGGCCAGAACGCCUGGCUGUCCUACCAGCUGUUCAAGGCCACGGAGCCCGGGCUGUUCAGCGUGUGGGCGCACAAUGGCGAGGUGCGCACCGCCAGGCUGCUGAGCGAGCGCGACGCUGCCAAGCACAGGCUCGUCGUGCUGGUCAAGGACAAUGGCGAGCCGCCAAUGUCGGCCAGCGUCACGUUGCACGUGCUCCUGGUGGACGGCUUCUCGCAGCCCUACCUGCAGCUCCCGGAAGUGGCUCCGGAUGAGGCCCAGGCAGACUCGCUUACCGUCUACUUGGUUAUCGCGUUGGCGUCGGUCUCGUCGCUCUUCAUGUUCUCCAUGCUCCUGUUCCUUGCAGUGCAGUUGUGCAGGAGGAACAGGGCCACCUCGGUGGGUCGCUGCUCUGUGCCUGAGGGCCACUUUCCGGGCCACUUGGUGGACGUCAGCGGCACUGGGACCCUGUCCCAGAGCUACCAGUACGAGGUGUGUCUGACGGGAGACUCUGGGAGUAAUGAGUUCAAAUUCUUGAAGCCUAUCUUCCCCAAUCUUCUAGCCCAGGAUCCUGAAAGGAAAACAGAAGGAAACCCCAACUUUCGGAAUAGUUUAGGUAUCUGAAACUUCCUCACUGGGUAUAUUAAUUUUGUGUCUUUCACUGUCCCCCCUCUCUUUUUUUUAAGACUAGUAAUAAUCUUUAAUUCUACUUUAUUUUCUCUGCUAUUUUCUUUAUUAAUGUUACUCACGGCUUUAUUGGCUAUUCUCAGUUAUUGUUUUACUAGUAAAAAAAUUUAUCAGGAGACUUCAUAGUUCAUAUUGCUAAUUAAAUUUUUAGUACUCAUUCCUAAGAGAUAGCAUGAUAGUCAACCCCUCCUAAUAAGCAUAGUUCUAAUUUUAAAAGCAUAUUUCCACUACAUGAGACUGCGUAAGAAUUUAUUAUUUCUUUUUGUCCUAGUUUAUUUGUUAAAUGUUGAAAGCUUUUUUAGUUUUUAUUAUUGACACAGGUAAGGCUUUUCUAUAAUCCCUUUUCAGCUUGGAGUGGAAUCAGUACAUAUUUAUCCUUGCCCAAUUUCUCCUAAUAUCUUUGUUUGAAUUUCUGUUUUUCCAAAGGCAGCAAUGUGUAUAAUUUGAAGUUAUUAAUUUAAAAAUCACGCUUGCAAGUAUUAGACAUUUGCUCUAAAAUACAUGUUAUCUCUUGACAAUAUAUCUGCAUCAUCUAUUCUUUCUCAUCUAAACCACUGUUGAAAAGACAUAGGUUCUUCCUUUUCUCUUCCCUGUCUCUAAAAUUAUGAUCCUGAUAAACUUCCUGAACAGAUUUACUGAUACCCAGAUUGACUGUUUUUAAAGUGUUUCUACGUACUCUAAGGGUCAAUAGACUCUAAGACCAAGUAAUGUGUGGCCUGCAAUUGUCUCUUGCUAUAGCAGGGAAAUUCUCAAGUGAGCUCCAAAUGCUGGGCCUAGAGGAGCUUUUGAUGGUGCAGUAUGCCAAUAUCUAUUUGCCUUUGGAUGAUGAUAUUGUUCUGGUUGAUAAGGGAUUUGAAAGAAAAUACAUUGUAGAAUUAAUAGUAGUUAACAAAACCAAAUUUAUUAGACAAUUUGGUGGUUG